AUGUUACGCCGUUAUCAGCUUAAACUUGUUGCACAAGCAGGUGCAAAUCAUCAUACCAUGCGUUCAUUUCUUAUUGGAUACGUGCAUAGUGUCUUGCUAUAUGGGUGCGAGGCUGUUCUCCCAUGCAUUGCACCCACGUAUCUUCAAAUCUUAGAGGUGAGAUAUCGAGAGAGUUGUAAAGCCUCCCUGGGAUUAAGUACUGCAACAGAAAAUUCUUCUGUUUAUUUAGAAGCAAACCUGUUACCCUUAAGCAAAUUAUCUAUGCUUAGGGUGCUUGCCCAACACGAGAGAUUUCUACGCCUCCCCGACACUGACGGCAUUCGUAGAGUCAUUUAUACGCAGCCUGCGCCACCUACGAUUAAUCGUCGCACAACCAAGCCGAUUCCCUUACCAAGAGAGACAGUCCUUAAGGAACUGAAACGAGUGUGUGAUAUUAUUGGGAUACCUACUGAUCACCCUCGUGAACCUCUCAUAUGUCGUCGUGUUAGUCCAUGGGAAACCGAAUUAUGUCAUUUUAUACGUUUCCACCAACCUCAAUACGAUAAAGAUGCCUCUGAAGAGGUGGAUAUCGCAGGAAGCAUAAGAUAUUACACCAUGAGAUUCUUAUGCAGAUCAAUAAAAUGCAUCAAUCUCUGGAUAUUUAUAAAUAAGAACAACUAUAGGUCAUUCAUAAUUAUUUUUCUUUUAUUUGUGUCGAUAAUUGCACUUUCAUUUCAUCUCCUUCAAUUCUAA